UGGGUAAAUCCCACAUGGAGUUGUAAUGGGAGUGUGGAUGACUCGGCUCUAGAUCUGGGAGGGGUGAGGAGGUUAUUGAUAUUGUUAGACUAUCUGUGGAGAAAUAUAAGUAGCUGGAAGUCACGCAGUAAUCCCGCAGUCUUUCUCUGAAUGCCGGGGAACAGGUGAACUCAACUCAACUCAACACUUCUGCAGAAAACUUCAGCUGCUUCUGCAAAACCAAACCAGCAUGGAAAAGAUGACAUCUCUCACAGUAAACUGCUGGCUGCAGUCGCUGACACUGACUCUGGCUCUGCUGAGUGGGAUCCCGGCCAUGCCGGUGGAUGUGGACCACGUGUGCAUGGCGCCAUCCACAGCCAAAUAUAGACUGACAUUUACCGGCAAGUGGAGUCAGGCUGCCUUCCCCAAGCACUACCCUCUGUACAGGCCACCUGCUCAGUGGUCCCCUAUCAUUGGAGUAACUCACAGCACAGACUAUCACAUCUGGCAAAGGAACGAGUAUGCCAGUAAUGGGGUGAGAGAGUUCUCUGAGAGAGGAGAGGCUUGGACUCUGAUAAAGGAGGUGGAGGUGGCUAGGGAACGCAUCCAGAGUGUCUAUGGUCUCCUCUCAACACCACCUGUGGUUGGAGGAACUGGCCAAGCAACCACAGAAUUUGAGGUCUAUGCACGGCACUCCUUACUGUCCUUCAUUGUCCGCAUUGUGCCAAGUCCAGACUGGUUUGUCGGAGUAGACAGUUUGAACUUGUGUGAAGAGGAUCACUGGAAGGAGAACAUCAGCUUGGAUCUCUAUCCCUAUGAUGCGGGCACAGACAGUGGUUUCACCUUCUCCUCACCUAAUUUUGAGACCAUUCCUCAAGACAAGGUGACCCAGAUAACCUCAUCAAUCCCAAGCCACCCAGCAAACUCAUUCUACUAUCCCAGACUAAAGCGUCUCCCUCCAAUUGCCAAGGUCCUCCUAACUAAGAUCAAGAACAACCAGAUAUUCAAUUUACCGAUUCAACCAACGCAAUCCAAUCAGAUACCAAGUGGCAACGAAAUAGACGGAUCACUCAUAAAUACCCCUCUGGACUGUGAGGUGUCCAGCUGGUCACCUUGGGGUCUUUGUAAGGGUCAGUGUGGUGAGAAGGGGGUAAAACACAGAACUCGCUAUAUUCAUAUGCAUCCUGCAAACAACGGGGCUGUGUGCCCUCCCUUAGAGGAAAAAAAGCUCUGUAUCCCUGACAACUGUGUGUGAAUGUAAAGAGGACAUUCAAGAUGGGUACCAACGAUCCAUCCCUCUCCUCAGAAUAAUCCACAUUGAAGAAUCCACUGGAUAAAAGACACAAAAUGAGCCGUUUUAAUUUUUUGGGGAUCACCAAAUGAAAUGGCAUAUCCUGAACCAGGGCCAUAGCAAGGAACUAUGGGCCUCCUGACUGUAUUGCUCUGGACCCUUUACCUAUUAAAAAAAUGCAGUUUUGAAUUUGUUGUGGGCCCCCCUCGAACUUUGGGCCCCUUGAAUCGCUACCACCUUGCAUCCUAUUAGCUACAGCCAUGUCCUGAACAUGCCUCUCAUCCUCCAUUGGUUGGUCACAUCAUACAAUAAGACAUUCCCUCCCCAAACUCAUACCAUGGGUUGAGACAGUGUUUAAGGAGUCUGGUGCUCUCUGGUGGAAAAACACACCAGUUACAUUAUUAAGCUAGAUAGUUGUUCUUGUACAACU